AUGUUGAGCAUAAAACCGGUUGAUGACAUGUCAUCUAUUUUACUUCAUUUUGAUGAAAGCAUAAAGAUGAGUAACGCUGACAAAAAGAAGCCAAUACCCACGGCGCCAUUACCAGCAGCUACUAUUCCUGGUAAUUUAUUAUCAAGUGUAGCGCCGCCUACACAACUACCUAACUUCAUCACUGCUUCGCCGGUUGUAGCUCCUGUUGUUCCCAUUGAAGUGAAACCAAGUGUGGUAGUGCCACAAUCUGGGCCACAACCAGCACCUGCUACUGUGUUAAAUAGCAAUGCUGAUACAAGCACCACAUUGCAAGAUCAGGAAAUGUUCAGUCCUGCAAUUCCACCCAGCAAAGGAGAACCAAUGUUACCAAUAAGACCUCCAGAGGACUCUCAAGCAUCACAGACUUCUGAAUCUUUACCUGCAUCUCCAGAAAUUGACAGAAUUGGUGAUGUGAUGCCAGGCAGUGGUCUUAUCACAUGGAUGAAGGGCGCGGUUUCGACGGGCGGCAUCUUACAACGUGUGGCAGAAAAGGCUAAGAACUCUGUGGAUUCCAUGAUCACCACUCUGGAUCCACAAAUGAAGGAGUACUUAAAGAGCGGUGGGGACUUGUACAUAGUUGUGGCAUGUGAAGAAGAAGAUAAAGUGUCCGCCAUCAGGGAGGCAUUUCAAACGGUCUUCGGAAAAGCAACAGUACUGGGCCAUUCGGCACGGAGCGAGGUGACCGCCGCCCAGCCGGUGGGCUACGCGGCUGCCUACGCGGCGGCGAAGCAGCGAGUCGCCCACGUGCGCUCCACUUGCGCGGAGGUCACCAACAACGUGCCGGUGGUCGCCAUCGAGGGCUUCCUGCACGAGGCCGUCAGCGACAGGUGGUACGAGAUGUCGGUGGUGGUUCUCUCGCAGCCGUCCAUCGGCGUCGAGCUGCAGGUGUGCGGGCAAGGCACGCCGGUGGCGGUGGCAGCCCUGGCGGCGCUCAGGGCUGCCACGCCCGGCUCCUACGUGCACCGGGACACAGGCUUUGCGGUGACCCUAGAGUCCGUCAUGGCCGCCAGUCUGCAGGUGCCACAGACGGAAUGGCAGGACGCACUGACUGGAGUGGGCAGGAGGGAGAUCUUGUCUCUAGCGGCGCGCUCUCUCGCUGGCUCCUACAAGAAAUCGCUGGCCGUGUCUGCUGGCGAGGUC